GUGGCAGUUGUGUAGUGGCACAAAAACACGAUGAGCGCUUCCGAGGUUCACUGGGAACCCCUGGCCGAGAUUUACCUGUCGCAUCCGUUGGUGUUGGAUAAGAAGAAAAGCAUUUAUUGCCUGUGCAGUCGUGUAUUUAUCAAAAACUGCUACGAUGUUUACGUGUCCACCCUGGAACGUGGUGAUUCCGUGCCCUUGAUUACAUCGAUGGAUACCAUCGCACAAACGGAACCAUCGUCCUACACUCCGACGGCCGUAAAAGCGGUGGAAUCGAAAGGUGUUGGUGAUGACAUAGAGCAAAGCGUACAAUGUUUGGCCAGUGGCGUUGCAUGUGACGAGAUUUUGGAUGUACUGGACCGUGCUGAGGUGGACGAUGUGUUUAUCGAGGAACCACUAGUAAAGCAGCUAAGCUUCGGACGCGAUGGUGUGCGCAAAAUGCCUUCUAAAUGGGGUGAUCGCGAUGGGGGCACUACCAGUGAUGCCAGCUGUUACUUCAGUGCCAGCGCAAGCCACUCGGACACCAACUAUUGUAGUACGGACGAGCACGAACAUGCUGUGCUGUACGCUUCGGGCGGUGGAUCGGGGCUGAAGACGGGCAACUCCACGGUGCGAAGUAUUGUAACGUCCGGGCUGCAUUCCAGUGAUAGUGGCGCUGAUCUGUCGGAAAGAAUUCAUGAACGGAAACUAUCGCUCAAGGAUGAGCUGCUUGAGAGUGGCGAACGCAAUUCGGGAUGUGGUGGUGGGCCAGCAGCAUCCUCCGCAGUAAUGGAGCGUAACAACAGUCUUCCAGAGGCAUUCGGACGCGAGGAUCUGCACGAUGCAUGGGAAACGUACUGGAGUAAGCAUGGGGAAGCAAUAAUAUGGGCGUCUUGGAUUGAAAAAUACAGCGACUACAUCAAUCCCGAGUACCUGGAGCCGGAAGAUCAUGACCAGGCCACCGGUACGAAUACACCCCACGAGAAAAGUGAGGCCACGCCGGGAACUGCGACCGAGGUGGAUAAGGAUUUCUCGUUCGACAACGAUGCAAUAACGACCACGAGCAUGCAGAUCGUUGUGUCCGCCUGUUCACCCCAUCCCUACACAAAGUCGACCUAUCAAAUGGCACACUGGCCAUUGCAUUGCGGAGAUGGGGCAGCGGAUAGCAGUGGUUGUGCCGGAGAUGAUGUACUUUGGUAUGCUCACCGUUCUGGAAGUUGCGAAAAUGAAGCUCUCCUAAGUCCACGGUGCGAUUCGGUUACGUCGAGCAUACCGCUUACGGUAGGCACUACCGAUUCCAUGACGAAUGUUACGCGCAUGACAAUUUCAAGCUACGAUUUCUGCAGCUCGAAAGUAAGCUCCGACAGCUCAAACCUGUCCGAAAGUCUUAGUUCGGAAAUUUCCAACGAAAGCUCGAACAGCUCCGACAUGCUAGAAACGGAAUAUUUGGUUGGUGGGAAUCAAACUGGUGCCGGAGCACCAAUACCGCCCGAUGAGGAGGCUGCGAUGGACGGAGAGCAAUACUGGCAAAUUCUGUGGCAACAACAUUUCCAAGAGCUGUACGCGAAACAGUAUCACCACUUUAUGGCCGAACACGCGCACGACGAUCAGGGUGCGGUUUGUGGCGAACGAAGCACAAACUCCAAGUAUCACAAACGAAAGCGCAACAGCAAUAAUGGCACCAGUCGGGGUGAAACAUCACGUUCCUAUCAGUUCCAACAGUCGGAACAUGUUCUUCCCGAAAUGGUGGCGGAAAUGCGGCUAACGCGUGGAGAAGAAGCGACCGAGCCUAAAGAUGGAAAUGACGACCAGAGUAGCAAAGACACAAAAGAUGCAAAACCGGCAGAAUCGGUUGAAGAUCUAGCGGCGGUUCUACAGUCGUACGGUUUACCAACGGCAUUUGGUAAACCGGUAGCACAAUCACCGGCCGGUGAUGGAGGCGACGAGCGACCACCGAACGAAAAGCCAAUUAAUCUGAAACGAAGUCACGAGAGCGAUAAUGAGGAAACUCCGAAGGAACGCUUGAAGGCAGCCUUUGAGCUGAUGGGAUACUGUUUCUCCGAUCCGGCAAACGAAACCGAAUCGAUAAUAAACCUUUCCGGCGAGGUUGUGUAUCGCAAAAAGCACAUUCGGUUGCACAAUCGGAUGCUGAAAAUGAAACACUACAAACCGAAACACACGUACUUCGAUGACGAUGGGAAUGAGCUGCAGGCAGUGGGCGGUAUCGAUAAGGUGGACUCUGCCGCUCCGGAAGCGCUGCUACUGCACACGUCUUCCGAUGACGAUGAAACCAAUCCCGGCACGGUAGGGAGAGCAAGCGUACGAUCGAGCACGAUUCUGGAAUAUAGCCAACAUCCGGUGACUAUCGAGAAGGAUCCGGACUCGCUGGAAAGUGGUGACGGACCGGCGGAGACAGUCGUCGAUCCAUCGGCACUUGCUUCCAGCGAAAGUGGAUGCACCCUACCAGUGGUGGCAAGCGCCAAAAAGGAGAAGAAAAAGAAGCGCAAAACCAAAUUUGUGGCCAGUCUGCCAGCAGACAUCGCGAACGAUCGCUCACUACAAAAGUACUGGUACAAACGGUUUUCACUCUUUUCCCUGUUCGAUGCGGGCAUAAAACUGGAUCGAGAGUCUUGGUUUUCGGUGACACCGGAAAAGGUGGCCGCACACACGGCUGAACGGUGCCGAUCGGAUCUGAUCGUCGAUGCAUUCUGUGGCUGCGGAGGCAAUACGAUACAGUUUGCGUUCAGCUGCCAGAAGGUGAUCGCCAUCGAUAUCGAUCCACGGAAGAUUGAAAUGGCCAAGCACAAUGCGACGGUGUACGGAGUGGCGGACCGGAUCGAGUUCAUCGUUGGUGAUUUUAUGCAGCUAGCCGAUCGUUUGCGGGCCGACGUUGUGUACCUUUCGCCACCGUGGGGUGGUCCAGGCUAUCUAAAGGAGGAUGUGUACGAUCUGGAGCAAUCGCUACUGCCAGUGCCGGCCACCCAACUGAUGCAAGCGGCACAGCGUGUGAGUAAAAACGUUGCCCUCUACUUACCGCGUAAUUCCAACACGCAGCAGCUGACGAUGUUGGCCGGACCGAACGGAGCAGUCGAGAUCGAACAGAACUUCCUCGAUCGUAAGCUGAUCGCACUGACCGCAUACUAUGGAGAGUUGAUCAACGAAUAGA